AUGACCGACAAACCCACGAACACCGGGCCCGGCAGCAGCGGCGCCGAGCGCCAACCGAUCGGCAGCUUCACCACCCUGCCCUACCGCACUCGCCCACCCGACGUCAACACCACCACCGCCGCCGCCGCCACCGCCCCCGCACCAGCCGGCCGCACCGGCAGCACCGCCGCGAACCAAACGCAACAACCGCACCACCACCACGCCGUCGGCCCUUCCCCCUUCCUCCCGGUCUACAACCUCACCCUGAGCCACCGCCCCCGCCCCCAGCAACAACCCCAGCAACAGCUCCCCGCCGAGACACAGCAAACGCAACAACAACCGCACCACCACCGCCACGCCGUCAGCUACCCUCCCGGCCUCGUCCCCCCCUCCAACCUCACCCCGAGCCACCCCCGCCGCCAGCAACCCCAACAACCCCAGCAACCCCAGUACCUCCCCGACCUCGGCUUCAACCCCGCGACCCAUCUCGCGGCGCCUACAACGUCUACGCUUUCGCCUACAGCGCAACCAUUCGUCCCCACCGCCCACGACAACAACCGCUACGCCAGUCAGACGACGACGACAACAACAACAACAACGACCACGACCACGACCACGAUGCUAUCGUCGUCCCAGCCGCCCUGGCUCAACGUCGAUACUGGAAGCGUAGACGCAAGCGCAGACGAAAGCGCAGACGCAGACGCAGACGCAGACGCAGACGUAGACGUAGACGCAGACGCGGCCGGUGGUCGAGCUGGUGGUCGAGCUGGUGGUCGAGCUGGUGGUCGAGCUGGCCGUCGCCGGCGCACGGGCAGGCGACGCGGCCGCGCUUACAAGGACCGCGACGCCCCGCCGGCGGCGGCGGCGGAUGAUCGACAGCGGUAUCCUUUGGGCAUGGCAUCGGCGGCGGGGGUGGUUUAUGAGGAGGGGGAGGGGGAGGGGGAGGGGGAGGCGGAGGCGGAGUGGGAGGGGCAGCAGCAGGGUGCGCGGCAGGGACGUGUGCAGCAGGGUGUGCGGCGGGCUCAUUUCGACGGGGGGCGUGGAGAGGACGAAGAUUCGGAGCUGCCGCUGCAACCGACUAGGAACGAGGCGUUCGAAAGAGUGGCGCGACUCGCCCUGCAGCAGGCCGCGGACGGCUAUUCGAGCGAGCAUAUGACCGUUCGUGCCGUGUUUGAGGCGGCGACGAUGCAUGGGAUCAGUCACUUCGCUGAGGAUGCGUGGCGCUUUGCGAUGGAGGAGGGCGUGGGGACCGUUGGCGUUCGUCAUCUUGAACGUGCGAUGCUGGCUUACCAGGAGAGGACGGCCUGGAAGGUCACUGAGUAG